AUGCAGAACGACAAUUCGCUCCUCAAUUUCGUCGACGCAUCGAUUUUGGCUAAAUUGGAAUUACCUACAUUCGAUGGCAACUUACUUGAGUAUCCAGAAUUUGCCUGCAGAUUUGCAACUCUCGUUGGGAACAAAACACAGCUCGAUGACACAACCAAACUAUCUCUUCUCAAGUCUUGCCUACGAGGUCGCGCCCUACAAUCCAUCCAAGGAUUAUCGAUGACGCCAGAAAACUAUCGCAUAGCGAUGGAUAUUCUCCGGACACACUACGACGACAAAGUAACUGUCAAACACAUACUCUACACCAAACUCGCUCAGCUUCCUGAUUGUGAUCCAGAAGGACAACUCACAAACAACGAAGAAGCACAAAUCGCUCUCCUUCCUCAUCCACGAACAUCAUGCCAACAUUUCGCUAAUACUGUAGAGACUACUGCAACCAUGGAAACGCCAACCGAUUCCUGCCCAAAGAACGAAGACGCGACAAUAGUUGCCUGCACGACUGAAUGCACAAAGAAUUACAAUCAGCAACCUCUGUCACAUGCCGCCCUUAUGUGCGCGCCUGUGCGAGUGUUCAAUCCAUCUGAUCCCUCACGUCGAAUAACCGCGACAGCUUUUCUGGAUUCAGGAUCCAGUCAGUCUUAUAUAACAGAUGAUUUGGCAAAGCUCCUCAAUCUUUCCACUCUGACAACGGAAGAUAUCUCAAUAUCAACAUUCGGCUCCACUACACCCCUCCAAGUCACAUCUCGCGAUCACCUGCUCGGCAUCGUCAUGGAGACUGGAGAGAAACGUCUCAAAGUGAAAUCUCUCCCAACCCUGACAGGCCGCGUGAAACAUGUUCGCCCAAUUCAAGGCACAAAACACAAUGUUGUGAUAACCACCUGCAAACCGUCCAUCUUGAUUGGUAACGACUACUUCUGGGAUAUGCUCUUAUCAGAUGACUUCUACUAUGAAACACUUCCAAACGGUCACAGGAUGAUACAUACCAACCUCGGCAAUAUUUUCGUGGGAAAAGUCUUCAAUUUGAGAAACGCAGAAACCUACGGCGCAUUACAAGAAGAUACCGCCUCCAACUCCAACCACUACGAUGAACUAUCCCGACUUGUGAGCAACUUCUGGAAGUUAGAGGCAAUAGGAAUCCUCGACGAUCCGGCACAAAAUGACGACGCAGUAUGCCUCAAAUUCUUCAAUGAUACCAUCAUCUACGACGAAGAACAUCAGCGGAAAGCUGGCAUGAACCUAAGGGAAUAUGCAAGCAAUUGUCCUGAACUUAACGAAUUCUUCGAACGUGAAGAACGAUGUAAAGUCGCAAAGCUGCAAAAACUGUUAGGAAUUCAAUGGGAUACUUCCUCUGAUGAACUUUUGAUCCAUCUCCCGAAGAAACCGUCAUCCGACAUCAAAUGGACAAAAAGGAAAGUGCUAAAACAAAUCGCAAGCAUCUACGAUCCGCUUGGCAUUCUGGCUCCGGUGACACUUAUCGCAAAACUAUUCCUCCAAUCUCUGUGGAAAAGGAAUCUCGGAUGGGAUGAAACUUUACCUGAUGAAUUGAAUAAUCAAUGGCAAACUAUUCUCAACGAAUGGACCAUUUCGCCUGUGAAAUUGAAUCGCUUUGCUCUUGACCCUGGAAGAACUGCGACACCCGUCUUCGAUCUUCAUGUAUUUACUGAUGCAUCAGGGAGCUCGUACUGUGCUGUAGCCUACAUAGUUCAACUACGCCACAGCCCCCCUCAUCAUGCCUUUCUUAUGAUGGCUAAGUCAAGACUCGCUCCACUCCAUCAAAUAGUCACUAUUCCCCGAAUGGAACUGGCAGCCCUAACAGUUGGCGCUAAACUACUCGACUUCAUCACCAAGCAACUCGACGUGAAACUUCGUCAUAAGGUUCUUUGGACUGAUAGCUCAGUAGCCCUUUCCUGGACCCACAAUGAUAAGGCUCUUCCUGUCUUCGUACGAAAUCGUGUCAAAACGAUUCGAGAAUUGACCACGGACGUUACUAUCCGCUAUGUCCCUACAGCCGACAAUCCCGCUGAUAUCGGAUGUCGAGGAGCUAGCGUCAAAGAAUUGCAAUCGAUGCCGAAAUGGUGGCAAGGAGCAUCGUUUUUGAAAGAAGAAAAGGUAGACUGGCCUUCUCCGGUAAGCCCUUCUGAAAACAUAGCUCUACUGCAAAAUCAACAAACAGCUACCUUUACCUCGACGCCGCCUCUUCGAGAGGUAACGUAUGCCACCGAAGAAGCACCACUUUUUGAUCCUACGCGAUUCAGCAAAUGGACUUCUUUGCUUUUUACAGUCACCUUUAUUCUUAAGUUCAUCACCCUCAAAUCCAAGAAGGCUAAAUCAUUCUUUGGCUCUACUCACGCAACUCUGCAAGCCCGUGCGGAACGUAUUAUAUUCCGCUUCGCACAACAACAGAAUCCACCCUCAGCAGAUCAACGUGACCAACUUCAUCUUUUCCUCUGCAACAGCACUUUUCUGUGGAAAUCACAAGGACGUAUCGAUAACUCACUUCUAGCUCAAGAGGCGUGUACACCCAUUUUCCUACCGAGCAAAAGUCGUAUCACUGCUCUCUUCAUUCUUUAUAUUCACUCAAACAACAACCAUUGUGGCCUCAAUCAUACUAUCACUGAACUUCGACAACGAGUCUGGAUCCCUAAAGGAAGAGCGACAGUCAAAAGAGUGUUGGAAAAUGAAUGCUUCUAUUGCAAACGGUAUCGAGCAAAACCCUUUCAACUUCCUCCCUUCCCGACCCAUCCUACCCAGAGGGUAGUCAAGCCCCACUACCCCUUCGAAAACGUGGGGAUGGAUUUUUUCGGACCAAUGUAUUACCGAUCAUCAAGUGACAUCACGGAAAAAUACUGGAUUCUGCUCCUCACUUGCCUCAACACACGGGCACUAUAUGUCGACCUGGUACUCGACAUGACCAGCCAAACCGUCCUUCAUGUGCUCAGACGGUUCAUUGCAAGUGUUGGAUGUCCCUCCUGGAUCCUCAGCGAUAAUGCCUCAUCGUUCAGAACAAUAGCCGAAUGCUACUCGUCCAUCUCCAACGACUCAUUGGAUGACGACAUUCUCGACUACUGUUCCAAGAAAAGAAUUCAGUUCAAAUUCAUACCAAGUUUUAGCCCUUGGCAAGGCGGGAUAUACGAGAAAAUGGUUGAUAUCUUCAAGAGGUCCUUUAAACAUUCCAUUCACAAUCGCUUGCUGCCGAUCGAGGACGUCAAGACAUUGAUGAAGGAGACCGAAGCAAUCAUUAACACCAGACCCCUUACCUACGUUAUUAACGAACUCAAUUAUCUUCCUUUACGUCCAAUCGAUUUCCUUCGUCCACAUACCCGACUAGCCGGCCCCUUUCCAAAACAGGAAAUCACUGAUGAGUGGAUUCCAACCGUCACUACACGUGAUACCCUUCUCAAAGCAUGGGCAAGUACCACAGAAGUUCUCUCCAAAUUUUGGGCACGCUGGAACUUGGAGUACUUGACAUCUCUUCGCGAGCAAUACAAAAGUGAACACUCCACAUCUCGAUCACAUGAAAUGGAGCCCCCCAAGAAAGGUGACCUCGUACUCAUCUAUGACCCUGCUCUUGAUCGCGGUCAAUGGAGGAUGGGACAGAUCAUAGGAUCUCAAGACAACUUCAAAAGAUCUGUGGAAAUUCGUCUGCCAUCUAGAAGGAUUAUCACAAGACCACACAACCUCGUUUACAAAUUGGAAAUACCCGUUCCUGAAAAUUCUGAAGAACCUCCGACACAACAACCAUUGCCGCGUCAUCCGAUGAUAACUAGGUCCAGAGCUCGAGCUCAGACGUCCUGCAUUCUUCCUUUCAUCAUGUUACAACUACUAGGCUCCUAUUCCGCUACGACCAGCGACACGAGAUGCCCCGAAGAAGUCAAUGUCAACAAAACGGUCAUCUAUGCCACCUCGUGCGUUUCACGCGGAGUCGCGGUUGCCCGGUACAACGACUCGGGUGAAGAGAAAUUCUGCUGGUUCCCGCUUUCGUGUCCUUACGGAGCUAUACGGUUCGAGAAUCGACACUCAAGUACUACUCUCUGCGGGGAACCAUGCAAAUGCCCAACGUGGUCUACCUCCUGCUCUUUCACUACCGGUUGGAGGACAGCCACCUCUACGUUCUCCUCCCUGCCAAGGAGAAUUCGUCAGUAUCGGCCCCCACAAGUCUGCUCAUUUUCCAACUCACCAACGUGCGACUCCACAAAGAAAAUUGGAGUUUUUAACCAAGUACAACUCUUCGACAACCGGACAUUCCUCGUACCCUCCCUGGCCAUAAGCAUUCAAGAAUAUAUCGAUGAAAAUGACUUCAUCUGUGUAGACCACAAAGGAUGGAUACGACGACCAGCAAGAAGAUCAACCGGUACACCACAUUUUUGCGCCAUUGUCGCCAAAACACAUAAAUGUCAUGAGAACCCGCAAACCUUCUGCGUCAUUGGUCCUAACCUCGCAGUACUCGUCGUCGACAACUGGAAUUCCUCACACACGGUGCCAAUCAUAGUGAAGGCUUGGGGAACGGUCUCAAAAAUCUAUUACGGAUAUCCCAGUAAUCACAUUAAAAGUCGUCGCUUCAUACCUCUGACAUCGCCCGUGGAAUCCCAAUGUUCCAAAGGAGGGAUAACAGUCGCAAGCAAGAUACAACUACAAGUGCUAGAAGCUUGCAUCAACAACUACUGUGUGUUCCUGAAAAAUGUCUCGACAGAAGUCAUUCUUUUCCCGAAUUCCCUCAUUAUGUACGAUUAUACUGUACGGCUAAAAGCACUGAUGAAUAACGCCAUCGUACACGAAGCGCAAGUGGGAUGUAAAGCUCACCCCAUAUGCGAAACUCUGCGAUGCACACUGUGUUGGGAGUGGAUAUACAAUACACAGUGUUGGACUCUUCUGCAAGUCAUAUUAGUGUUUACCCUUUUUGUAGCAGCGGCUCUCACUAUUCCUGUCAUACUCAUUCUUUGCAAAGCGAUAGCAGCAACGAUAUGCCUUCUCAUAAGAUUGCUUCUCUACCUCGUUCAUCACAUGCCAUGGAUACGACGGAAAACGCAGUUCAGAAGAUAUGUCAGUCAACGACGACGGAAAAAACCAAAGCGAAUUGUAAGCUGCACACUCUUGAUACUUCUCCAGAUACAGUCAAGCAUCGAGUGCUCCCAGUUCACUUCCUUAACUGCCAGUGAGCACGUCUGCACCAUCUCCAAGAACUCGACGGAUUGUACCCUCAAUCAGGCAACGAUGAUUGCACUUCAACCUUUGCAGCAAGAGACCUGUUUGCAAAUAAGAGACCACAAAAAUGAGCAUUUGGGCAUACUUUCCGUUACUCUUCGUGAUAUCCAAUACCGCUGUCACAAAAGAGUCGAAUUCUUCUCGCGAGACCAUGCGUUGAUAUCAGAAUCCCACCAUCGCUGUUACCUGGCAGGUAGCUGUACCCAGAAGUUUUGUGACAACGUCAAACCCAUGGAUGCACUGGAAGAAAUUUCGUCUAUCGCAAACAAAAGCCCCGGAUAUACCUACUGCACUCCUACCUGUGGAUGUUUGACUUGUGGCGGUUGCCUAUUAUGCGAGGAUAGCUGCAUUUUCUAUCGAGUGUACGCCAAACCCAUUUCUUCUUCAAUAUAUACUAUCUUCAACUGCCCCAGCUGGGAACUCUCUGUAACUGCGGACAUCACUCUGAGUUACGGAAACAAUAUGACGUCAAAAAGAUUGAAGCUCACUCCGGGGAAUGUGAACUCUUGGAACAAGUUGCGACUUACUCUGAUUAGCACCAUCACACCAAAAUUACCAAUACUUGGCUCAACGUUCAUGUCAGACGGAAACGACAUCGCCAUAAUCAAACCAGCCCACCGAGGACAAUUAGUUGCACACACUGCUGGACAACUGCAGUGCGCCACCUUCCAAGACGCUCAGAAAUUCCGCUGCCUCUUCGCUAGCGAAACAUGUAAAUGUUCAAAAGGAUUUCACAAGAUGUCUUGCCUCUGCCCCGAUGGAAACUUGAAGAGACUAAUGCAGCCUUCUCCACUCCCCUUAGUCGGAAAGAACUUUCUCCUCACACAACAGGCAGGAACUGUUUUUGCAAAACUCAAUAUAGGAUCGUCUCUUCAACUUCAGAUAGUCAUGAAGGAUCUCCACUUGGUGUCCCUACACCAGAACAGUAAAUGUACGUUCAUAGCCAGCGACCUCACGGGCUGCUAUAGUUGCAUUUCUGGAGCUACAUUGGACCUUGUCUGCACAAGUAGUGAUGGAGAGACUACGGCGCUCCUCUCUUGCCCAGGCGAGACUCAGAUCGCAAAAUGUACCACACGAGGACAUCUCAAUCGAUUGAUUCUUCAUUUCGACUCGGAAAACAUCCUCUCCUCUUGCAUCGCCUCUUGCCCUGGAGGAAGUACCAACAUUACAAUCAAAGGAACGUUAUCUUACGUCAACGACGACCUCAUCAAACCAGGACUCUAUGCAGCUGAUCAAAAGCCCCCUCUCACAACCUUAAAUUCUCUGGGAAAAGUUUUUGACAGUGUUAUACAAUUCGCAUCGUACGUAGUGGAAAGUGUUGAGUCACUCUUUUUGAGUCUCAAAACCUGGAAGAUGAUUUUUUUAGCAUCAGUUGUACUAUGCUUCUUAGUAAUUCUCUCGCGAAUGUUUCAUUUCAUGUUCCCUACAAUUCCUCCUCGUCCUAAAAAGCAUUGA